GUCUCAUCUCUCUUAGACUUGGAUUUUUAUCUCUUGGGCACAAGUAGUUUGAGCAAAGUACUUUGAGAACGAAAACGGUACGCAAAGAUGAUGAAUCAAACACCUCCCGAGCAUGGCCUCCCGGCAACGCCAGAUGCGACCGGCGGAGACAGCCCAGCAAAACGCCGGCGGCUUAACCCAGGCCCCUCAAGCCCAACACGAGAGGCUCGCGUUGUGUUGAACGAUGAUCCAGCAAGGGAAGAUCAACGUCUCCUGGCCAACGCCCAGUUGCAGGCUUUAGACGUUGAUGCCGAGGUUGAUGGAGACAACCACCCGGAGAUUGACCUUGGCCUGUGGUAUAAACUCGCUUGCCGCCCCUAUCUGCUGAACUUCGCAUCCAAAGUGCCUUCGUACGAAGUGAAGAGAAUCACACAGGAUGCAGAAGCGCACCAAAACUGGAUCAAGGACGACUUGCUACGGACGGGGCGCGCACUCUUGACUCUCGAAUUUGACGCAAGGAGACUGGUCCAAGAGCAGGAACAAUGGCGCAUGGCCAAAGGUGGGCUUCGGAAUAAGUUGCGCAACAUUUUUUCCAAGAAGAGCGCACGCCAACAUGACGCGCCUCGGGGGCAGCAAUCGCGUGAUGAUACGGGGUCGGUUCUAUCGGAUGGAUCUGGCGGCUCAUGGGGAACGGCCAAUUCCAAAUCGUCCCAAACCUCCGAGUCUGCCAUGAAUGAUGUUGAACAGAGCUAUACUCUGCUUCUAAGAGUCAUUGGACAAGUUUGUGAAAAGCUGGCUCCCAGUUCCAUUUUAUUUGGCGUAGUGAAUUUAGAGACCAAAGAUCUCGAAACCGCUGUGAGGAGGCUAGAGGAUUCUUUGCGAAGCCAUCAAGACAACGUUCGAGACAUAGGUUUCAGCGACGUUGGCCUUGCUUUAACCAAAUGCCAUCCACGCUUUGAGGAAGGAGUACUUAGGAAGCUAGAAGAGAAUAAACUGAGAUAUCGGAGGAAUAGAUAUAACAAGAGAGUGAAAAUCGGAGAUGAGAGAGUUCGGCGAAUUGAAGAACAUACUGCUAUGCUGAAGAUAGUAGCGGACAUUGGAAGACAGAUUGACGAAAUCAUGGCGCAAGGUAAGGCAGUGUUUGAUGAAUUUUGCGACAAGUCACUGCUGUUCAUGGAUGAUAUUGUCCACUCGGCGGCGCAAGCAACAAGCUGCAGAGUAGAUGACGUUCUUUAUAACGACGUACUCGUGAGGAGAAGGUUUCCAAUGGAAUAGAACAUGGAAAGGAGUUAUACUAGUAGUUGACUUGGUACUCCAUAGAAAUCUUAUAUAGAUUAGCUUGGAGAGGUCUGGCGAUGAUGGCGACAUACAGAAAUGCAUGGCAAUGAAAUGGUGAGAUUUUUAACAGUUUUUAUAUACUUGGUUUAAUAUUAUAUCAACAUAUUUAUAG